UUUGUCACAUCCACCACGGUCACUCGAUUGUUAUUGUUUGGAAAAAGAAAUUAAAAGCCGAAAAAUAAUAAAAUUAAAUAAUUUCUUUGAACCAACAUGGUCAAUCCGAACCACAAAAUCAGCCCGCACUUGAAUGGUACACCCAGCAACUACAUUUACCUGGCCGCUAAUGCGGACUACGGCCGCAGCUUGAGCAAGCUUUGCGAACGUAGUUUGCUGCAGAAGCAACGUAUUUUGUUGAUCAACAGUCGACAAGGUAAUGCCGAAUUACACAACCUGGAGAAGUACGCAACGCUACAGAUCGCUCACAUGCCGGAUAUCGAGAGCACGCCGCAUGGUUUUUUGGAUUUUUCCGACAGGGAUGUCGAUUUGGUUAUAUUCGAUCUAAAUUCGAUUGUUUUGAAUGCCCUGCAUCGUCCGGUGAUGCAGCAAUGCUCUACGGACAAACUGGUGCGUCACAUUGCCAAAUGUUCGGCGGCUUUUGCCAAUUACCGGGAACAGCUUCAGGCCAGAUGUAAAACGGUCAACACCAUUCUGGUGAUGUCCCAGGAGUCGUAUCCGUUGACACCGGCCCAGUUUAAGCUGCUUUGCGGCCUGUAUUUUUGCGGCAACGAAUGCCACACAAGUUUGUCCAAACUGGCGGAAAGAAUGUUCUCCUCCCAGUGAGUUUAUACUCGAUUUUGUUUUUCAUUUGCAGGAUAUUUGAAAAAAAGGACACUAUUAACCAUAAAAGUGCCUUAGGUAGGUUUCGCAAAAAAAAUACUCGAAAAGGUUUACAGGAAUUAUUUGUAGUUUUAAAUAGAAACUAAAACAAGAGGACUGGAUACAAGCAGUAUUUAAAAAUAUUUGUAAAAUCCUUAAGCCCAGGAUUAAAUAUUAUUAUAUUAUUAGAAAAUCAAAGCUGAAUAAUUAUGUGUCUUAUGGAAAAAUACAGCAAAAUUCCAACUUUUGGUAUCCAAAAAAAAUCAGCAAGAAAAGUUGAAAUCUUUAAUUCUUGAUUUCAAUAUCCUAAGAACCUAAGAAAUAUUUGGAAUUUAGUUUAAAUCCCUUUAAAGUAAAACCAAAUGUUAGUUUAAGCAUAAACUUAAUUAUAAUU